AACCGCACACACACACAAAAUAUCCAUUUCUAACGCAGAGACAAAAAGUUUCAUCGAUACAAAUUUAUUCAACAAGAAGAAAAAAUAUCGCUGACAUGGCAAAGAACAAAGACGGUUCGCUACUAGACCGGUUGAGGCAAGCCGUGAAUAAAGUAAAGUUCGUGUUAAGUUUCAAGAUAAACAGCUUAUGGAGUCUCGUACCGAUGCUAGGUUCGUCCUCUUCUUCCUCGUCUCUCCGGUUAAGUUUCAACGAGAGACCCGGUUUAGCAGCGGCUUAUACAGAGAGUGAACCGGGCUCUUCAAGAGGAGCGUUGUAUAGAACCGGGAGUUACGAUCCAUCCUCGGACGAAGACAUAGACAGCAAAGCUGAGCUGUUCAUAGCUAAUUUCUACAAGCAGCUUAAGAUUGAAAGACAAAUCUCUUUGGAACUUAAAUAUUGUUUGGGUAAUAAUCAGAGUUUCAACUACAGGUCGCCUUAAUUUUCUUUUCUUUUUUCCAUUCAUUCGUUCAUAUUUGUUGUAAUAAUAAAUAAGAUCCUAUAAACUUCAUUGGGUCUGGGGAGGCCUGCUAUAAUCUUUUUAUAGUGGUAGGCUUAUCCCAUUGUUAUCAGUGAGUCACAUUUGUUCAUUUACAUUUUAUAAUUUAUCAAUGUAAUGAUCUCAUGAGAGGGAAAAAUGUGAUAAUAUGUAAUGUCAUUUUAUCGGUUCGUCGUUUGAGUGUUGAAAGGUUUUGUUGCUUGCAAAGCUUUUGUUUCAUACGUUCCAUCGAACUUAUAUGGUCUUGUUUUCAAUCAUUAUGAGCAUAAUAAAGUUUCUUGCGAUCA